AUGGCAGGAUUCCCCAACCUUCAACCACAAGAGUCCAAACGAAAGCCUCGUCAAAAUAGUAAUCUUAGUGAUGAUUAUUACGAUGAUGAUGGUGAUGACCUGACUCUUUUGGACGAGUCAUUAGAUAAGCCUUCACAGUUGGUAUACGUGCCUGGUGAGAGUCACUUGUCACAUGAUGGAACAACUUUGUUUGAUGGGGAAGAAGGAAGUAGCUCUCUGAACGCAAGACGAGCAAUGCAGGUUCACAAUCAACAGCAUAACAAUGCAUCCUUGCAGCAACUCAAAUACAAUGACAACAAACUUUCGUUAGAUCGUUCCAUCAACCAGACUAUUGAACUUAUCGAAGAGAUAAUCAAAGAGAAUAAAGAGCGCCCUGUUUUUUACCCAACUGAGAUUGAAGAUGGAUCGAAAAUCUUGUUAAACAGUGCCAAAGCUCAUUUGGGAUUAGUGAGACAGAACUCUAGUAUCAAACAAUUGGCGAAGCAAAAGAUAAAAGAAGACGAUAUUAGUAAAGAGCUACCCGAGUUCAGGAUUUUAAAGAUCAAUAUACGUGGUGGCCACGGAGAUGACAACUUGGUUUCGAAUUUGGACAAAAAGUCAAUAGCAGCAUUGUUGGAAAAAAAACUUCAUGGGCAAACAAAGUACCUCCUCAACUUGAAGGAAAGGGUUGAUGACACUUCUUCGAAAGUGUUUGUCACUGGAGAUUUGAAUGCGGGUAAAUCAACCUUUUGCAAUGCGCUUUUGAGAAGGAAGCUCCUUCCCGAAGACCAACAACCAUGCACAUCUGUCUUUUGUGAAGUGAUUGAUGCACAGAAAGAGAAUGAGGGCCUUGAGGAAGUACAUGCAGUUCCUAUAGAAAAUGAGUACAAAAAGUCUGAUGAGUCGACUUAUGAAAUACAUCCACUCCUGGAGUUGGAAGACUUGGUGUACGAUUGUGAUAAGUACAAGUUGCUAAAGGUGUAUGUACUUGAUAACCGCUCGUUCCAAGAGAGUUUGCUACGCAAUGGUGUCGUUGACGUCAAGCUUAUUGAUGCACCAGGCUUGAAUAUGGAUUCGUACCAAACCACACAAGUGUUUUCACGCCAAGAGGAGAUUGAUUUGGUGGUUUUUGUGGUUAGUGCGGAGAACCAUUUUACCUUGUCAGCCAAAGAGUUCAUUGCCGCUGCUGCUAAUGAAAAAAGAUAUGUUUUCAUUGUGGUGAACAGGUUCGACAAUAUUAAAGACAAGGAAAAAUGUAAAAAGCGGAUUUUGGAUCAAAUCAAGAAUCUUUCACCGGACACUUAUAAGAAUGCAAAGGAGUUUAUUCACUUUGUCAGCUCCAAUGAAAUUAAUGGCAACGGAGGCGAUGGAGGCGAUGGAGGUGAUGGAGGCGAUGGAGGCGAUGGAGGCAAUGGAGGCAAUGACAACAACCCCGGUCAUCCCGACUUUGAUCUCCUUGAGGCAUCGUUACGAAAGUUUCUUUUGGAAAAACGAUCAAUUUCGAAGUUGCUCCCAGCUAAAAGUUACAUCCUCAAUUUGCUACACGAUUUGCAAACAUUGAGCAAGAUCAAUGAGAAAAUGUACAGCGGUGAAAGACAGGAAAAGUUGCUGGAGCUCAAUAGCCUGGUUGCUCCCAAAGUUGAUGAGAUUAUAUCCAAGUCUCAUAAGAUUUCAGAUACUAUAAACUCAGUCAUUGAAUCAGCAUGUACGCAAGUUUACAAUGACACUACCAAAGAAAUGGUGACGGUGAUUGAAAAUUUAGGUGACAAGCCAGUCGUUCAAUACGAAGGGUUACAGUACCUAUUUGAGUAUGCAAAGGAGUCACAAUUGGCAUUGAUGGAUAUUAUCUACGAUUCUGUCUUGAAGAGCGAAGAGUUGGCAAAACAACUCACUGGAACCAAAGUGGACGAGAUCACAAAGUAUGGAAAGAGCACAUUGGGCGAGGAAUUCCUCAACAAUAAAAAGUUUAAUUCUGAAUUGAUGUUUACAAGAGCCAAGGACGACAUUGGUAAGAAUAUUGACGACACUAUUGAGGUUUCUGAUUUUUUUGAUCCGUCGAUUGAUUCAUUUUUGGUCUUUGUUGGAUUGCCUGAGUCGUAUGUCAGUGCUACAAAACACCAAAUUUCGUACUUCAAUCCCGUUUCGGUAAUCACUGCAAUUCCAUCCAAUGCAGUUGCGUUGAAGGAGCAACUACCAACUCAAUUGACAUUGCACACCCUCUACUCAUCUGGUAAACUUUUGACCACAGGUGCGUUGAUCAAUCGUUUGUAUCACCUUAGCAAUUACGUUACACCAAACACCCUCAAACGUGUAGCAGUGCCUAUCCUUAUUGGCGUUUCUGGUAUUGCAAUAUACUAUCUCAUUAGUGAUAUCCCCAACGCCCUAUCGAGAAAACAAGCUAAAAAGAUCAAGAGAAAGAUUCAAGAAACGAAUUAUGUACACAACAAUUCAACACGUAUAGCCAGUGAAUGCCGUCAAGUUUUGAACUAUCCAGCAAGACAGGUGAUGAAUAAUUUCCAAACGAGCAUUGACAAGAACUUGUCUCAAAAGAAGAAAUUAGAGUCGUAUAUCAAAGAUGCCGAGAUCAGUUCUGGUUUCUUCAAGCAAUUGUUGACCAAGAUCAAUGAUCAGCAACGGGUCUUGCAGGCAAUCGAUUUGGAAAGCGUGAAUCUUGUUGAUUAA